UUGAGCGGGCACGGUUCCACCGCAAGCAGUUCUAGGAAUUCGCCUGCUUCCGCCUCAGGGUCCAUCCUUCCUAGCUUUCACCCACUGCACUGCUCUCUGCGGCCCGCCCCCUCCUAGCUGACCCAGGGCUGGAGAGCACAGCUUAUGUGGAGAAGUUGCUGUGGAACCCAUCUAUAAAUUCAUUGACCGAAGUUAUGGAGAAACCGCUGAAUGAUGAAAAUCAUUCAGAAGAACUAUUUUUCCAUUUUAAAAGUAGACCAGAGAAAGAACACUUACCACAGCUGGCCAGUGAAAGUCAUCUCAGCUGUCUAAAGCAGGACAUCCUAAAUGAAAAGACUGAGUUGGAAGCAACAUUUAAGGAAGCUGAGUUGGCAACCUGUUCUGUAGAAUCACUUAUACCAUUAUUUAAGAACACAAUUGAAGAAAUUAGUUUUGAAAAUGCUAAUCUUUCUGCAUCCAAUUUGAAGAUUUUUAACAAAGAUAUGUUACCAAAAGAAUUAGAUACUUUCAAAUGUGUAAAACAAGAUUUAGAACACCUUAGAAUACCAACAACAUGUGUUUUUUCACAGAUAAGUGACAAUUUAUCCAGCAUGUUAGAAAAGCUAAGUGAUAAUGAAAGUGAAAACACGGAUCUUAAGAAGAAGGUACUUGAAAAGGAGACUUAUAUCCAGGAACUUUCUUGUUUGUUUCAGACUGAAAAGGAACAUGCUUUGAAAGCCAGCCGUUUUUCACAGUCAGUUAAAGUAGUUCAUGAACGACUACAGCUCCAAAUUCAUAAAAAGGAAGCAGAGAAUGAUAAAUUAAAGGAAUACAUAAAGAGCUUAGAGACCAAGAUAGCCCAAUGGACCUUGCAACUGAGAAAGAAUAAGCAUGAGACUGUAGCAAUGAAAGAAUCGAGUAAGCAGAAAGCUAUUGCCCUAAAAAAGGCAUCUAAAAUUUACAAACGAAGGCUUGAACAUUUUACUGGAGACAUUGAAAACCUUACUUCCCAGAUUAGAAAUCAGGAAGCCAAGUUGUCUGAAGCAAUUUCAGCUUCCAAUGCCUGGAAAAGUCGUUAUGAGAAAAUCAUAAUAGAAAAAACCGAAUUGGAAGUUCAGAUCGAAACAAUGAAAAAGCAAAUCAAUAAUCUUUUGGAAGACUUGAAGAAAAUGGAGGACCAUGGGAAAAAUUCAUGUGAAGAGAUUCUUAGAAAACUUCACUCAAUUGAAUAUGAAAGUGAAACUCUGAAUCUCGAGAAUACAAAAUUAAAGACUACACUUGCUACUUUGAAGGACGAGGUGGUUUCCGUUGAAAAUGAACUCUUAGAAUUGCAAGAAGUAGAAAAACAACAGAAAGCCCUUAUUGAAGUGUAUAAAACUCAGAUACAAAAGUUGCAAGAAACAGCUGAAAUGGUGAAAAGCAGAUGUGAAAAUUUGCUAAGUGAAAAUAACCUAAUAACAAAAAACAAAAAUAAAAAAUUAGAGAAAAUGAGAGGCCAGAUGGAGUCUCAUCUGAAGGAGUUAGAGCACGUCCGCGAUUCCUUGACAGCGACGGAACGGAGGCUUCAGGAGUGUCAGGAGAGUGUGCAGCACUACAAGGGGAAGUGUGCAAGCCAGGCACACACCAUUAGGGAGCUUCAGGGUCAGCUUUUGAAGCAAUGGGAGAUACAUUUUGUCUUGACAUGGUUGGAUAGAAAUCACAAUCUUCUGACAGAGCUUUCUCUGGAGGAGGAAAAUUAUCUUAUUCAAUUGAAGUGUGAAUACCUUAAACAAAAAUUAGAACAGAUGGAAGCAGAAAAUAAAGAGCUUGAAAAGAAGCUGGAAAGCCAAGAAGAAUGUCUCAAGCACAGCAAUCUUCAGCUGAAAGAGAAGUCUGCAGAAUAUACAGCACUGGCCAGACAGCUGGAAGCCGCUUUAGAACAAGGAAGACAAAAGGUUUCUGAAGAAGUAGAGAAAAUGUCAUCUAAAGAGAGGGCUUUGCAAAUUAAAAUAUUAGAUCUGGAAACUGAGCUUAGAAAGAGAAAUGAAGAACAAAAUCAACUUGUUUGCAAAAUAAACAGUGAAGCACAACACCAGGAAGUAUGUUUGAAAGAAAUACAACAUAGUCUUGAAAAGUCGGAGAAUCAAAACGAGAGUAUUAAGAAUUAUUUACAGUUUCUUAAAUCUUCUUAUGUAACAAUGUUUGGAUAA